CCCGGGCGGAGAUUGGCGUAAAGUUUGCAAAUGGCGGGUCUUGGAUAGUUUCGUUUUGAAGCUCGAAAGUUGCAGCUGGUGUUGGCGUGCAACGCAAAAAAAAAAAAAAAUUGGCAAAUAAAUGGUUGCUAGACUGAAAAUUAUUCUCGUGAUUUCUUUGAGUUGUAUACAUUAUUGCAUCGUCUUUCAUAAUCCAGUCGAUCAAUUGAGAAGUCUUGGCGGCAUCGGCCAAACCCCAAGCGAUCCCGUCACUGACUAGGGCCCUCAGAUGGCGCAAUAGGCCAAGCUGCACCACCCUGCAUAUCGCAUUAUCAUGAGGUUAGACCGCGCCAUCGCGUGCUCUCUUCCCGACCCUAUAGAAGAUGCCGCCUGAAGCUUCGUCUCCAACCCCGGCGGCGUCGUCGCCCAAACAAGUCGAUGAGACGCACGACGACAGCCCUCACCAGCACGCAUCCGAGCCUAGCCGUCGUCCGUCUUCGUCUGCGUCUGGAAGGGGAGGACUGAGACGCAUCGAGUCCAGAGAGCAGAGGAUCGGCACAAUACUCGAGAGAGGCCUAGCCCGAGCCCAAUCGAACAAAUCUGAUCCCACGACGCAAUCGACAACCACACGUAUGGAGCCGUUACUGGGCAAUGCCUCGCGGCAAAGACAGUACCACAACGACACUAGCGACGACGAUGGCCUCGACAUUGGCCGCUCUGUCCGAAAUGGGGGUGCCGGUACGCGUACGGACUCGGGCUCACAGCAGAACUACCAGACAAUGAACGCACAACAAAAUCAGGGCAGGAGGAUCAGCGCGGACGGGUCGACUGUACACAGGCGCUCUACUGCUAGCAAUCACAACAGGAGACGGGGCACAGCUCAGAGUGGUACGGGCCAGGGAGACGGUGACGCUGACGGACGUCCGAACGAGCGAGAAGGCGACGACGAUGGCCUCUUGGCCAGGAUAAAAGCCACGAUGGCUAUGUUCACGUCAGUGGAGCUGGACAACAAAGGCAGCGUCGCCAGGGAUCACCUCGCUCUGGAGCGUACAUUCUUGGCAUGGUUGCGAACAUCCGUGUCUUUUGCUUCCAUUGGAAUAGCCGUCACCCAGCUUUUUCGACUGAACACAUCGAUCAAUAGCGGCAGAGACCGUGAUGGAGAGUCCGGUAGUGAUUUGGCCGAGCUCCGCCGGUUGGGCAAACCUCUUGGUGCUGCUUUCCUUGGGAUCAGCAUUCUGAUCCUCUUCCUGGGCUAUGGGCGCUACGUUCGUGGACAACGUUGGGUUAUGGCAGGCCGGUUUCCCGCAUCACGUGGAACUGUGAUCCUCGUAACUCUGCUUACGUUUACCGUCAUGGUAGCGUCUUUAGCUAUUGUAAUAGUAUUCUCGCCUGGAGGGUGGUAAUUGAUGAAAGAUGCCGAAAAUUGGUGUGUUUGGACUAUACAUGACUGUCAUGGUAUGAAUAUAUCUUUGGUUGGCUUUACAUAUGGGCAGCGUCGGUUUACUUGGACAUGGAAAUCAAACCACACUUGCAUAUAAAUAGGUGGUGUAUGUAAUUCGUUUACGUUGGGU